AUGGUUUCUGAUGAACACCAGCUUUCCUCCUGGGACUCUGGACUUUUGAUAGGCUAUGCUGAUGGGUCCUUCCUGAUCAUCGGAGAUAAAGAUUCUAAGGAUGCUGCUGGUUUCAAUUCAGAAGGUGACUUAAACCUGGAGAAACUGAAAGAAGAAGAAAUUACUGUGAUCAAGGAUACUAAGAAGCAAGACUCGUCUAAGAUGGAGAGGUCAGUGUGCCUUUUCAAACAAGCUCCUUCUAAUCCUACAAGUGUCCUCGAUCGUCUACUCAGUGAUCUUCAGAAGUACGUCUUGUGUUUGCAACAUGCACUUAGCCCCUCAUCCUCUAGCUGUAGACAUAAAGUAGGAGACACAGAGGGCAAAUAUCACAAACUGCCCUCUGGAAACUGCUACAGAGUCUAUGCCGAUCAACAAAUGGAUUACGUGGCCAAAGGACCUCAAAGCCAACAUCUGGAAAUGACAGCGGCCAAAGAAACCAACAAUAACCAGAGUCCUUCCACCCCACCAGCCAAAUCUCCUAGCAAUCAGAGGGCAGUUAUCUCCCCUGAUGGAGAAUGUUCUACGGAUGACCCUUCCUUCUACGUCAACCGACUAUCUCCUCUGGUGAUCCAGAUGGCCCAUAAGAAAAUCAAGGAGAAGUUGGAAGGUGGAAGCAAAUGUCUUCAUCAUUCAAUCUAUCCACCCAGUGGGGACAAAGGGAAAAACAGCCCUCGUAGUGCUGUGAGCAAGAUCACUUCUGAAAUGGCCCGUGAUGCUGUGGAAGUGACCUCUACAAAAAGGCAGGGCACUGGGGAGGAGUGUAGGGAAGGUGGCCAAAAAACCUUUCUGUAUAGUGAAUUAUCCAACAAGAGCAAAAGUGGAGACAAACAGAUGUGCCAAAGAGACAACAAAGAAUUUUCAGAUUUGAUCAGCAAAAUGUUCAUGGCUUAUGCAAAUCAAGUGGCAUCUGACAUGAUGGUCUCUGUUAAGCAGAACUUGGAAGUUCAUAGCUCUGGGAAGCCAAUUCAAGCUUGUGUGGGCCUGAGGGUGCUGUUAAAACACAUCAAAGAAACUGUGUCCUAUUUGAUUGACUCCUGCGUGAAGUACCUACAUCAUAUCACCAGGGGUCUGAUGGCCAACUUUGUCUCAACUGUCAAGAGGAAUCUGUUCAACCAUGGGAAACAGAACACUGCUGGUAUCAUGGAGGCCAUGCUGAAGCGUCUUGUCUGUGCUCUUCUUGGGGAAAAAAAGGAAACUAAGUCUCAGAGUUCAUCAUAUGCAUCCUUGAAGGCUGGGUGCCAUGAUCCCAAGUGCAAGAACCAAAGUCUCGAAUUCUCAGCUAUGAGUAUAGUCUAUGCCCAUCAACUGAAAAUGGAUUACGUGGCCAAAGGACCUCAAGGCCAACAUCUGGAAAUGACAGCGGCCAAAGAAACCAACAAUAACCAGAGUCCUUCCACCCCACCAGCCAAAUCUCCCAGCAAUCAGAGGGCAGUUAUUUCCCCUGAUGGAGAAUGUUCUACGGAUGACCCUUCCUUCUACGUCAACCGACUAUCUCCUCUGGUGAUCCAGAUGGCGCAUAAGAAAAUCAAGGAGAAGUUGGAAGGUGGAAGCAAAUGUCUUCAUCAUUCAAUCUAUCCACCCAGUGGGGACAAAGGGAAAAACAGCCCUCAUAGUGCUGUGAGCAAGAUCACUUCUGAAAUGGCCCAUGAUGCUGUGGAAGUGACCUCUGCAGAAAGGCAGGGCACUGGGGAGGAGUGUAGGGAAGGUGGCCAAAAAACCUUUCUGUAUAGUGAAUUAUCCAACAAGAGCAAAAGUGGAGACAAACAGAUGUGCCAAAGAGACAACAAAGAAUUUUCAGAUUCAAUCAGCAAAAUGUUCAUGGCUUAUGCAAAUCAAGUGGCAUCUGACAUGAUGGUCUCUGUUAAGCAGAACUUGGAAGUUCAUAGCUCUGGGAAGCCAAUUCAAGCUUGUGUGGGCCCGAGGGUGCUGUUAAAACACAUCGAAGAAACUGUGUCCUAUUUGAUUGACUCCUGCGUGAAGUACCUACAUAAUAUCACCAGGGGCCUGAUGGCCAACUUUGUCUCAACUGUCAAGAGGAAUCUGUUCAACCAUGGGAAACAGAACACUGCUGGUAUCAUGGAGGCCAUGCUGAAGCGUCUUGUCUGUGAGCUUCCUGAAGUGUUAGCUAAAGCAGCAGAGAAGGGGUACAGUGUAGGAGAUCUUCUUCAAGAGGUCAUGAAGUUCUUCAAGAAAUGACUACUGGAUGAAGCCAUGGGAAACGUGCCUAGAAAACAACUGCUAGACUGGCUGCUCACUAACCUGUGA